UCACGGCCUAGCCCCGCCCCCUGCCACAGGCCCGCCUUCCCCUGUCUCACCGCGUUUCUUGCGUGUGACGUAGUACGCUGCGCUGGGAGCGGAAGUGAGGUCAUCAGUGCAGGCGGAAGCAGUGACGGUUUGUGUGUGAGGGGGACAAGAUGAAUUCCAGAGGAGUUGGAUCUCAGCUUAAGGAUAGCAUCCCAAUUGCUGAAUUUUCAGCUAGUGGAGCAUUUGGAGGUCAUGAUAUUCUACGCAGAGGCUUUACAAGUGUAAAAAAUGAACUUUUGCCCAGCCAUCCUUUGGAACUGUCAGAAAAAAAUUUUCAGCUAAACCAAGAUAAAAUGAAUUUAUCGACUCUGAGAAAUAUUCAAGGACUCCAUGCACCUCUAAAGCUGCAAAUGGAAUUCAAAGCAGCAAAGCAGAUCCAACGUCUUCCGUUUCUGCAUAGCUCAAAUAUAGCGCUGGAUACACUGAGAGGAAAUGAUGAAUGCAUUGGUUUUGAGGAUAUUCUUAAUGACCCAUCGCAGAGUGAAGUUAUGGGAGAACCGCAUGUGAUGGUGGAAUACAAGCUUGGUUUAUUGUAACACAAAUGUAGUCCGAACCUACUGUUCAUGAAAACAUUUCUUGUAUGUGUCUUUAUACUAUACUACAGGUUCAGUGUACAAUAUUAAUAUUACAUUGACACAAUGUUUUUGUUAACUUACUCACAGGAGAGCUCUUGCCUUACUUGAUGAAUAGGCACAUUAAAUGUUUAAAGUCUAUUAUGAUUUAUUCUCUGCUUACUGUCAAUAUAAAUGUCCUACAACUGGGUAUUUUAAAACUGUACAAGAAGAUGACUCUUCAUAUAUUGCUCAGGACAAUAGCUGCUUAGUUUUUGAAAUAUUAUACAUAUACUACAAGAAGUCCAAAAAUGCAUGUGCAUUUUAAAAUUGAUUACUGUAGGUAAAUGCAGGGAAUGCAUGUUCUUGCAAAAGAACUUUUUUCAAUAUAAAACAGGCAUUUUCCACUGAAUCACUUUUUGUUCUUGAAAUCUUUUAAACGUUGAAUAAAAAAUUGCUAUAAA